AGCGAGGGUUUCUUCGGGUCCUUUCGAGGGGCAGGGGCUUUAUCCACGGAACACUUCCGGCGGCGACCACUUGGUGCUCGGAGACGCGAUUGAUCCCUCACCAUGUCAUCGGAGAAGGAGGCGGCGCUGGCCGCCGUGCCCAACGACAACCCCACCAUAUUUGAUAAGAUCAUAAAAAGGGAAAUACCGUCUACUGUCGUUUAUGAGGAUGAGAAGGUCUUGGCUUUCAGAGACAUCAACCCUCAAGCUCCAACACACAUCCUAAUCAUUCCCAAAGUCAAGGAUGGAUUAACUGGACUUUCGAAGGCGGAAGAGACGCACGUUGAGAUACUUGGCUAUCUCCUCUAUGUUGCCAAAGUAAUUGCGAAGCAGGAAGGACUCGAAGAUGGCUACCGUGUUGUCAUCAAUGAUGGCCCUAGUGGAUGCCAAUCUGUUUACCACAUCCACGUUCAUCUCCUUGGAGGCAGGCAGAUGAACUGGCCGCCAGGCUAAGAAUCUUGUGUUGAUCAAUCUCCAUGGCGAGGAUUGACGCUGCAUCUCUAUCGAAUAAUUCAUGUAAUUCCCACAAAAUUUAGCGUGUUGAACUUGUGCUGUAUUUGUGGAGUUACUGGAACCAUCCUGCUGUGAUUUAUGGACGAGAAACUUGAACUUGGAAGUUGGAAUCAUGGAUGACUUGUCCCCGUUGAUCCGCUCAUUAAA